UUUUUAGCAGAAGUAAUAUUGUCCUCAAUGAACGCAUCAGCAGAUCCUUGUGAGGAUUUCUAUGAAUUUGCUUGUGGAAAUUGGAUGAUUGAGCAUCCAAUACCCGACGAUGCGCCUUCUGUGUCUAAUUUUGAAAAUCUUGGACAAAAACUGGAACUAGCGCUCAAAAAUUUGCUGGAAGAGCCGCACGACAGGGCCACAGAGGGCGCAGCUGUUGGAAAGGCAAAAAAGUUUUAUCAGAUAUGCUUAAAUGAAACCUUAAUUGCUUUGACUUGGAGAAGCACAUUUUCAAAUUUGAUCAAAUCAUUUGGUGGAUGGCCAACAUUGGAGUCUAAUAAAAGUACUGAACAUGUUAAAACUGAGGAACUGUACGGUAAUUUAGUGGCAAAGUAUAGAGCAGAUUUUUUAUUCAAAGCAACGGUCAACUUAGAUGACAAAAAUUCCGAAGUGUAUGUUCUGGUGAUCGAUCAACCGACAAUGCUUCUACAAAGCUCAAAAGCUUAUGGUGUUGAUAGUGACGAAAGACAAGCAUAUGUAACACUGAUCAAAGAUGUGCUUAAAAUUUUUGAUGUUAAUCCACAAGUUAUUGAAGAUGACGUGAAUAGCCUACUGGAAUUUGAAACACAGUUAUCCAAUAUUACUAUACCUGACGGAAACCGUCAUGACGUAGGAUCCUUAUACAGCAAGUCGACAGUUGAAGAACUGACCCAGAAAUACAAGUUCUUCAACUGGACCUUAUUUUUCAACACUUUAUUUCAGUGGGUGUUUAAUUUCAAGCAAAACAUUGCAUACGAAAACGGCACUAAAAUUGUAAUUGAAAAAUCAACAGAUGUUGUUUUAUACGGCGAAGAAUUUUUUGUCAAUUUCAAUACACUGAUGUCACAGUUUCCGAAAAGAACUGUACUGAACUACCUGUCCUGGUCAUGGUUUUUCAAGAAUAUGCUUCGUGACCUGCCAGACCCAUUUGCAAUGGCUGUUCUAAAGUUUUACCGUGCUCUGAGCUAUAUGCAAAUUCCUAAACUACGAUGGCAUAAUUGCGUUACUCGAAUUAACUACCUUAUGCAAAUGGCUACAUCGAGCAUGUACGUAAAACGUUACUUUGAUCAUGAAGCCAAAAAACAGGUUGAAGAAAUGAUCGAACUAAUUAUGCAAGCAUUUUCAGAGAUGCUUCAGUCUGAAGAGUGGAUUUCAAAAGAAACAAAAAAAUUUGCUCAAGAAAAGGUAACAGCUAUGAACCGAAAAAUUGGUUAUCCGGAUUACUUGAACAAUAUAUCUGCUGUCGAUGAGGAAUACGAGGGCUAUAAAGUAUAUGAGCAAAAUUUUUUCAGAACCAAAUACAACUUUAUUGAGGCGUAUCAGAAGGAUAUUCUUCGACGAAUAAACACUCGAGUAAGGAGAGACAGGUUAGCUUUGGCUGUUAAUACAACUCCAAAUGCGAACGAAAUAAUAUUUCCUGCUGGAAUACUACAGCCAGUAUUUUAUGAUAAAAAUUUUCCAUCUUCAAUGAACUUUGGUGGCAUUGGUGUUGUUAUUGGUCAUGAAAUAACUCACGGCUUUGAUGACAGAGGUCGGUUAUACGAUAAGUAUGGAAACAUUCGGCAAUGGUGGGACAACGCAACAAUUUUGGAGUUUGAGAAAAGGGCUAAGUGUAUUACCGAACAGUACGCAGAAUUUCAGCUUCGACAAGUCAACAUGUCCGUCGACGGCCAAUUGACAAAGGGAGAAAAUAUAGCGGACAAUGGCGGGCUAAAACAAGCCUACAGCGCGUACAAAAAGCAUGAAAAGGAGCAUCCGGUAACUUUGCGGUUACCUGGAAUCAACAUGACCAAUGAUCAACUUUUUUUCUUGAAUUAUGCUCAAAUUUGGUGUGGCGCAAUGAAUGAUAAAGAAGCUGCAAGAAAAGUGUCUUUUUCAGAGCACUGUCCUGGGCUGAUAAGAGUCCGUGGACCUUUAUCAAAUUCACUUGAUUUUGCUCGAGCGUUUAACUGCCCAUUAGGUAGUACAAUGAAUCCGAUUCGUAAGUGUCGAGUAUGGUGA